CCCUAUGGAUGAGGGCAGCCCUCUGUCCCCCAAAGCCAAUGCUUUCAGUAUCGCCUCUCUGAUUUCAGCCUCAGAACAAGUGGAUACUGAGGAGACCAGCGCUGCCCUGGAGAAGCUCUGCAGGUUCGACACCCACCCUAUGAGAAUGCAUUUCAGUGCAGUUACCAGGGAUAUGGAGGCUUUCACGGCCAACAGCUUGAGCAGCCUGAAUGCUUCCGGGGGCUACCACCUCUCCCCAUCUCCGGGGGACCCUUACAGUCAGCACGAGCCCCACUACGAGCCUUGCUCUGCCGCGCAGCACACUUACAGCUUCGGUCCUGGCUCCAGCCAUGCCUGCCCGGAGCCGGAGAGCGGAGCCUCCAGCUGCUCCUCGUCCUCUACACCGGGGAGCAACAGCAGCAGCAGCAGUAAAGCUCCAGUCAAGAAGAACCCCAAGGUGGCAAAUAUCACUGUGCAGCUGGAGAUGAAGGCGCUCUGGGAUGAGUUUAACCAGCUGGGCACUGAGAUGAUCGUCACCAAGGCUGGCAGGCGCAUGUUCCCUACAUUUCAAGUUAAGAUUUUUGGAAUGGACCCUAUGGCUGAUUAUAUGUUAUUAAUGGAUUUUGUACCAGUGGACGAUAAACGGUAUAGAUAUGCCUUCCACAGCUCCUCCUGGCUGGUAGCGGGGAAAGCUGACCCAGCAACACCAGGAAGGGUUCACUACCACCCGGACUCUCCGGCCAAGGGAGCCCAGUGGAUGAAGCAGAUCGUGUCCUUUGACAAACUGAAGCUGACCAAUAAUUUACUGGACGACAAUGGCCAUAUCAUACUGAAUUCCAUGCACAGAUACCAGCCCCGCUUCCAUGUCGUGUAUGUGGACCCCAGGAAGGACAGUGAGAAGUACGCGGAGGAGAACUUUAAGACCUUUGUGUUUGAAGAGACCCGUUUCACCGCAGUCACCGCCUAUCAGAACCACAGGAUUACACAGCUUAAGAUCGCUAGCAACCCAUUUGCCAAGGGAUUUAGAGACUGUGAUCCGGAAGACUGGCCAAGAAAUCACAGACCUGGAUCACUCCCUCUCAUGAGCGCCUUUGCUAGAUCCAGGAAUCCUGUUUCAGCUUCACCACAAAAUGGAAGUGACAAAGAUGGAGACAUCAGAAGAGAGUAUGAGAGGGAUGCUGGGGGCACACCUUUGCAUGGCGAUGCUGCUCAUCAACAGCUAAUGUCUAGAGUUCUUAGCCCCUCCCUACCUGUGCCGGGUGGACUUGUCCCUCUCAGUACUGGCAGACCCAGCCCUACACAUGAACUGCGCCUGGACCCUCAUUCGCAGGGUUCAGAACCCCUUCAUCACCACCCCUACAAAUACCCAACAAGCUACGAUCACUAUCUAGGUGCAAAAACCAGACCGACUCCUUACCCAUUGCCGAGCAUUAGAGGACACAGUUACCACCACCAUCAUAUGAAUCCAGCAGCAGCUAACAUGUAUUCUGCAGCUGGAGCGCCCAGCAGUUAUGAGUAUGGGCCAAGAUAACAUCUGAACUCAUAGAAAUAUCUGUUUGAAUGACUAUUUAAAGCUAUUAAGUGACUUCUAUGCAUGAGUUUAACUAUUUAGUAGUUUAUGCUUUGGAUAUCACAUUAAUGGGGAAAUUAAAUUUGCUCUUUGUCUAAACUCAAAAGGGCAGGUUUUUUUUUUACCAGUGUGAUUUGUGAAGCUAACCAUGCAGCCAACAAGCAAGCUGGAUCUUCUACUGAAUCCUGGUGGAGCUGUUAGCUAUGACAGAACUGGCUCUGCCUACGCUGGCACUUGAGUUUAUCCUGUCCAUUGAAGAGACCCUGGGCAGGUUCAUGGAACUUCUACACAUGCUCAUUGUUACCACAGCUACAAAUUCUGAGCCUGGAAGACGUCUUGCAUUAUAAGCAAGGUCUAUACCUGCACUGUAAAUGGCAAAGAUCCUUCAACACAGGGCAUUAACUUCAGCAGGGCCAGGUGCACUAUUGUUGCUUAAAAGAAGCCAUAUGCUUUUGGUGAUUUUGCUGUUUUAUUUUUUCCUGUUAAUACAACUUAAUUCACUCAUUAGCAGGGGGACAUUGCAUUGAUAAAAGCUAUAAACCAAUGUGACAGACUUUUUGGGGUGAAUUCAGAGUGCAACCAUGCAAACCUAUUAUUGUUUAAUGCUUGUUUGUCCACUAAACUUCAUCAACCACUGUAAUAAAGCUGCUGUACAGAUUGAGAAUGCUUGUACAGUUCUGUAUAAUGCAUUGACAGACGCUGUUCUUUUCUUAAUGAUGUACACAGAUUGUUGUUUUAUUGCUGUUGCCUUACAUUUACUUCCUGCAUUUGAAGUUGUUUUGAUCCAGGACAUGUGUGCUCUUUAAAGUCAGCUUUUAGAUCUAUUUGCAGUGUAUUUUCAGGACGAGUCUGAUUAUGAUUUACAUUGUUAAAUGAAUACAUUUUUAUUAGGUGAUUACAAAUCUUCCUCUACACAGUAGUUUAAGAAAAGUCUAAUCUUCAUAUAGUUGUGUGCCAAAGCUUUUAGUUAAAGGGACGUUGUGCUCAAAAUAUUCUAUUAUGCAUUUCAACAAACAGCAAUGAAUGCAAUUUUUUAUCAUGAAAAUAUUGGUAAUUAAAAUCUGUUUAAAUUUAAAGGGACAUGAAACCCAACUUUUUUUUUGUGAUUUAGCAUAACAUUUAAAUAUUUCAAUUUCCUUCAUUUAUCAAAUUUGCUUAGUUCUCAUGGUAUUCUUUGUAGAAGAGAUACCUGGAUGGAUAUCAUGCCCAUAUCUGGAGCACUACAUGGCAAGAAAAAAGUGCUGCCAUUUAGUGCUAUGUAUAACAUUCUUGCAAAACGUCUGCCAUAUUGUGCUACAGACGUGCACAUUCCGGCGCUUACGUCCCUGCUUUUCUAUAUGGGAUACAAAGAGAAUGAAGAUUAUUUUAUAAUAGAAGUAAAUUGUAAAAGUGUUUUAAAUUGGAUGCUCUUUCUAAAUCAUGGGGAAUAAAAUAGUUUCAUGUCCCUUUAAAGGGACAGUCUACCAUAGAAUUGUUAUUGUUUUAAAGGAUAGAUAAUCCCUUUAUUACUCAUUCCCCAGGUUUGCAAAACCAACACAGUUAUAUUAAUAUACUUUUUACCUUUGUGAUUACCUUGUAUCUAGGAACCUUCUUCCAGCCCCCUGAUCACAUGACUGUGACUGUUUAUUAUCUAUUGUCUUAAAUUUAGCAUUGUAAUGCGCUAAAUCUUAAAUAACUCCCUGUGCCUGAACACAGUUAUCUAUAUGGCCCACGUGUACUUUCUGUCUCUUUGUGUUGAAAAGAGAUUUAAAAAGCAUGUGAUAAGAGGCGGCCCUCAAAGGCUUAGAAAUUAGCAUAUGAGCCUACCUAUGUUUAGUUUAAACUAAGAAUACCAAGAGAAAAAAGCAAAUUUGAUGAUAAAAGUAAAUUGGAAAGUUGAUUAAAAUUAAAAGUCCUAUCUGAAUAAUGAAAGUUUAAUUUAUACUUGACUGUCCCUUUAAACUAGCAGGUAAUGCAUAUGUGUGCAGAUGUGCUUUUGUCUGAUAGUUAUAGACCCUCACAUCUUUAUUGGUGGGGAGGGACAAUCCUUCAGAAGAAAAUGUGUAUAUAAUCAUCUCACAACUUAAAAAACCCUCACUACAAAGCAUUUUAAAAUGUCCUUUUUUAGAUGUAACAAAAAAGAAAAAGAAAUCAAUCCGAGCACAACGCCCCUUUACCUGUUAAAUCCAUCUGUGUCAGGAUGGCCAGAAGAGCAAUGAUCUGCUGCAUCUCCAUAGCAGAACGUACUCAUGAAGUUCUUUUAUUUAUUUCCCUAAAUGCAAUUACUUACCUCUUAUAUUUAUUUCCCUGAGCAGAUUUUAUAAACACAUAACUCACCAGCCACAUACCAGAAACAAAGAGGUCAUGCACAACCAAAGACUCACAUCUGUUAGCUCUGUAGAUAUUUGUAGAUACAUGUGUAGAUAUGUAUGUAGAGAAUCUUAACCUGUUAAAAUGAAAAGACACUGAACAGUUCAUUUUAUAAAUGUUAUGCUUUCGUUUUUUGGAAAGAA